AUGUAUAUUAGUCUUAACUCUUAGAACAAGACUUGGUGGACUCAUACUUCAUUGGUGCCAACUUAGACUCAUCAGAAGGUGUUGGAUAUUGUAAAUGGAGUGGACAGUUUCCAAAACAAGGCAACUUUGAUCUCCACCUAUUUGAGUUUGGAAGCAGUUAACAGGAUUCCUGCUGCCAAGAAAUUGGCUAUUUAUUUCAAGGCUGCAGCAGUGGGAGCUACGUUCUUUGGAACAAGAAUUGCAGCAGGGUCUUUUUAUCAAAGAAGCACAUAAUCAGAGAUUGGCAAAUUAUUGGACGGUGCCCCAAUUUGGGAAAAUAAGUUUGAUGUGCCUGAGUUGGAUAAGAAAUUCUUCUUCAUUGAUGACGAUAACAAUUUCGAACCUUCAUUAUGGCAUCACGGAAUCAAUUCGAUCGAGAAGCCCAAGGUAUUCUACAAGCAUGAGUGAUUUUAAUCAUUUAAUGGAUAAAAUUUAAAAUAAAAUUAAAUCUUUAAA